AUAGGAUUUCGACGAAAGUGUUCUUUUUUUGCUCGCCUUGGUGUACUGUUUCGGCUCCAAAUUGCUGAUGGUGAACACAGGACCCCUCAAGACUACAGAGCUGUGUAUCCAAUCCUUUACAGGACACUUCCUGGUUAUGGAAUAAAAGAAAAUGUACGUGAAGUAGCCCAGGACGGAGUACUCAAAGGUCCCAUUCAACUGCAAAUAAAAGCUCUUCAUGAGGUGUACACGGCUGCAUCACGGGCAGAGUUGACAGACGCAGCUAUUCGGCAUCUCUGCCACCUGAUACAGGUUUACUAUGAUGAUAUGGAACCCACGUUGGCAAAUCGCUUGUUCGAUGACCUGCAGAACCUCGUACGCAUCAAAAAGAGCCCACCGCAACUGAAUCAACGCAUAUCGGUGCCUGUUGGGAAUAUAAUUCUUCCUUCCAUCCAGCUGACGAGAUUCCCAAUGGUCAAUGAUCCUAUACUUUGUCCACUUCCACCUCAUUUGGCUCCUACAGUUAUCCCAGCCAAAGCUGGACAACCGCAGCUGUUCAUCUACUCGCCAUUUCAGCAGAAGAAGGCAUCGAAUGCUGUCCUUCAACUCGAGUCCUCCUUACCUCGUGCUCCCAUAGAAGAAGAUCUGAAUGACAGAAGCACGGAAAUUACUGUAUACUCUGGACAGCUGUUUGAACACUCGCUCACUGUGAGAAACACCAGCGCCACAAUUGCUAUUCGUAAGGUUCUACUUCAAGUGUGGCAGCCAAAGGUUUCGGGAGGUCCUUCAAUGAUCGAGUUGUCGAGUCAAACUGAUGACGAGUCGUUCUCAUUGGCGCCCCUAGAGGAAAAGGAAAUCAAAUUUCGAAUAUUUGGAAUCGAUCCUACCGCUACAGCCGAUGACGAAGGCUCUGAAGAAAGGAUAGUUGAAACUGUGCUUCCGCUUGCGUCCACCAUGGUUGAAUUGCCUCCUGACAGUGAAGCGCAUGAUUUAAUACCCUAUACCGGUCGCCUGCUCACCUGUCAGUUUCUAUUCCAAUAUAUUGCUGACGUAGUCGGUCCAAAUGAAGAG